GGAAGUCGCGCGGGCCGUGCGGAAGCCGGAGGCGCCGGGGCGGAGCGCGGCGGGGGCUGCGCGGCCAUGGCGGAGAAGUUCGACCACCUCGAGGAGCACCUGGAGAAGUUCGUGGAGAAUAUCCGGCAGCUCGGCAUCAUCGUCAGCGACUUCCAGCCCAGCAGCCAGGCGGGGCUCAACCAGAAGCUGAAUUUCAUCGUCACUGGCUUGCAGGACAUCGACAAAUGCAGACAGCAGCUCAAUGACAUCACUGUGCCUUUAGAGGUGUUUGAGUACAUCGACCAGGGCCGGAACCCCCAGCUCUACACCAAAGAGUGCCUGGAACGGGCGCUGGCGAAGAACGAACAGGUCAAGGGCAAGAUCGACACCAUGAAGAAAUUCAAGAGCCUGUUGAUCCAGGAGCUCUCUAAAGUGUUUCCGGAGGACAUGGCGAAGUACCGCAGCAUCCGCGGGGAGGACCACCCGCCUUCCUAAGCGCCCGCCGCCUCCGCCCGGAGAUCCUCUGUCCUGAGGAGUGGUCGUGACUGCCCGUGGGCCCGGCGCUUUCGCCUGGCCGUCAUCAGUUGUCCCAGGCCCGCCCAGCCCGCCCAGCAUGCUCCAGCAGAGGGGCGCCCCCCUCCCCUUGGAACCGGCCCCUGCUGGGACCGGGAGUGUGAGAGGAGUGCUGGGCCGUGUGUCCCGUGUCCCAUGGGGGCUACAGGGUGUGUUCAGUGCAGUUGUUGAGUUG